AUGGGUUUAUUUGAUGAUCUUAAUCGUCUCAAGCCCCCUCAUGGCUGUGAAUGUGGACUUUGUGCUUGCAAUGUUGCGGCAAAGUACGAAAUUGAUCGAGAGGAAGAAAAAUUGCACCAAUUUUUAAUUGGCAUUGAUGAUGAUAAGUAUGCUGCCGUGGGAACUAAUUUAUUGUCGCAGCAACCUCCGGCAACAUUGGACCGUGCAUAUCAAGCUUUCCUUCAAGAGGAACGUUCUCGUGAUAUUGCUAAUGGAAAAGCGCAAAAGGAGAAAGAUGACGUUCAUAUUUUUGCUCUGCCGAAUGAUUGGUGGUCUAAUUCUUCAGCGCAUCGCAUUGAUAAGUCGAAGUUGUCUUGCUCUCAUUGUAAACGCACUGGCCAUGAUAAUUCUGGGUGUUUUGUGCUUCAUGGUUAUCCUCCGUGGUGGCUGGAGAAGUACGGCAAGAAGGGGGGGUCUUCGUCUGCAGGUCAGUCUCCUGCUCAUCAGCCCAUGUCUGCUGCCCCUGCUGCACGUACUCCUGCUGCUCCUACUACCCCUGCUCCAUGGUGCCCCGUACCACCAUACCCUGUUGGUCUUCCAGAUGGUGCUCAGGCCGUGGCUACGAAAGAAGGCAGUGUGGUGUUGGCUGAUGGAAUAAUACUUCGCCAUGACCAACUCUCGGGGAGCCUGAUUGGAGGAGGUGAACGAAUAGAUGGACUCUACUAUGUCCGGCAACUUCCUACAGGUUGUACGGUAUCGAUUCCGAAACUUUCUGCAUUUGAGCUAUGGCAUCGUCGUAUGGGGCAUCCGUCAGACAGAGUAGUCAAGUUAGUUCCUGCUAAUAUUGCUAAUUCUGGUAGAAAAAAAUUGAAUAAAGCUUGUGAUAUUUGUCCUCAAGCUAAACAAUCUCGUGAUCAUUUUCCUAAUAGUCAUAAUAGAGCUACUCGUAUUUUUGAGAUGAUACAUUAUGAUCUUUGGGGGUCGUAUAAGACUCCUUCUACUUGUGGUGCACACUAUUUUUUGACACUAGUGGAUGAUUUUUCUAGAGGAGUUUAG